AUGAUGAUUCUAGCUCUUCCUGCCGACUGCCACUCACAACAGACCACUCAACAUUCAGCGAAGUCUUAUCAACCGCAAAGGUUGGUCAAGGAACAUGUCCUGACUCCAGAGCUAGCUGAUUUCGAAUUGGUAGAUACUCUAGGAACUGGCACUUUUGGAAGAGUCAUGCUCGCCAAACACAUCAGCACCGGUAACUUCUUUGCUAUGAAGAUACUCAGGAAGACUGAAGUUGUCAGGCUAAAGCAAGUCGAACACAUUUGCUCUGAAAAAGCAAUCCUGUCCAGAAUACACCACCCAUUUAUAGUCAAUCUAUAUUGCACCUUCCAAGACAGCAUCAACCUCUUUAUGCUAUUGGAGUUCGUUCCUGGUGGAGAGCUCUUUUCGCACCUCAGAAGAGCUGGUCGUUUCAGCAACGAUGUGUCGAAAUUCUAUGCUGCUGAAAUCCUACUAGCCUUGGAGACUCUGCAUAGUCAAGACAUUGUGUAUAGGGAUCUAAAGCCUGAAAACCUCUUGCUGGAUGAGAAGGGACAUAUAAAAAUAACAGAUUUUGGAUUUGCGAAAGUGGUGGAUGAUAGGACCUGGACUCUUUGUGGAACUCCAGAGUACUUGGCCCCUGAGAUCAUUCAAUCUAAAGGACAUGGAAGGGCUGUUGAUUGGUGGGCAUUGGGAAUAUUGAUAUUUGAGAUGCUUGCUGGGUACCCACCAUUCUUUGACGACAACCCUUUUGGUAUCUAUGAAAAGAUUCUGGCCAAUAAGAUAUCUUUUCCUUCGCACUUUGACGCUAAUGCAAAGGACUUGAUCCGCCAUCUCUUGACGCUGGAUCGUUCCAAGAGAUUAGGCAACUUGAGAGGUGGAGCAGAAGACGUGAAAAGACAUAAAUGGUUCAAGGGAGUGGAUUUUGAUGCUGUUUUACAUAAAAGGGUGACCGCCCCAAUUGUUCCCAAAGUUGAAUUUGCUGGGGAUUACAGGAAUUUUGAGAGAUAUCCAGCCGCAGAACACGAAGAAGAAGUCAAGACCGGUGACCCUUAUAGGUCCUUGUUCUCAGACUUUUGA